AUGGCCACUAAGCAAUUGCUGAGACGACAAAUCAAAAGAGCAAUAAAUGCUCUUGACCACGAUAUUAUUGCUACGGAGUCGCAUACUAUAUCUCAAGUAGUACGCUCAUUAAUCGCUUCCGUUAAUGCAAGGCGUGUGGCAUGCUAUAUGAGUAUGGAUAAAGGAGAGGUAAAAACUGGAGAAAUUAUUAAGAAUCUGUUCUCUGAUGGUCAAGAGGUUUUUCUGCCAAGAUGCACGCAUACUUCUGAAUCCAAGCGCUUUAAAUUACGGGAAGAUCAUCAUCCACAUUUGAUAUUUCAUCGAAUGGGUAGUUUGAAAAUGGUGCAUGAUUUGAAGCCUCAGGGCCCAUAUAAACUAAAAGAGCCUGAACCUCACAUUGAAGAAGCCGAUAAAUUGGAUGUUGUGUUGGUACCUGGCGUAGCGUUUGAUACCAAAACUGGUGCAAGAAUGGGCCACGGCGCUGGGUACUAUGAUGAUUUCUUCCAAAGAUAUGAAAUACACCACCAAGGUCAAAGACCUCUCCUAGUUGGACUAUGUCUUGUGGAGCAGGUGACUUCACCAAUUCCUUUGGAAAAACAUGAUUCUCCUAUGGAUUGCAUAGUAUGUGGAGACGGUUCCAUGCACUGGUUUAAAUAG